GUUAAGAUAGAAAACCGGUGACAAGCUCUUGUUAUUUUCAUUUCUUCCGUCCUACAAACAAGUGCCUUGAACAUUUCAUCAUAUAGAACAAUAAGAUGAGGAUAACUUUUCGACGACGAAACAAAUUUUGGACAUAUCUCACAUUGUCAACGUUUUUAUUUGGUUGUUAUUUUUUAUACAAGAAUUGGUCUGACUUGUCAAGUUGGAAAACAAAAGAUGAUGUCUUGUCCUUGAGGAAAAGAAGAUUCUUAGAGUAUCAGAAAAAUGAAGGAUCUCGUUCAGGACCAGGGGAAUAUGGAGAGCCAGUGCGACUUGAAGGAGAAGAAAAGAAAAGAGCUGAUGCUUUGAUGCCUAAAGAAGCCUUCAACAUUGUUGCAAGUGACAAGAUAGCCCUCGAUCGGGCAGUAAGAGAUGUUAGAGAUCCUAAAUGUAAAGCAAUCACAUAUCCAAAAGUUUUGCCUAAAGCCAGUGUGGUUAUAAUUUUUCAUAAUGAAGCCUGGUCUCCAUUGUUACGUACAGUACAUAGUGUUAUAAAUAGAUCUCCACCAGAAUAUUUAGAAGAAGUGAUAUUACUGGAUGAUUUUAGUGAUAGGCCUGAACUGGGUAUUAAACUAGAAAAGUAUGUUGCUGAAACAUGGUCAGAUGGUGUUGUUAAAAUAGUUCGUACUAGUAAACGAUGUGGAUUAAUUAGAGCUAGAAUUGAAGGUGCUAAACCAGCAACUGGAGAUGUUUUAAUAUUCUUAGAUUCUCAUUGUGAAGCAGGUCCUGGCUGGAUUGAACCCUUACUGUGGCGUAUACAACAAGAUCGCCGUCAUGUCUUGUGUCCAAUUGUUGAUGACAUCUCAGAUACAACCUUGGAGUUCUCUAAAAAUGGAGGAUAUAGUGUUGGUGGUUUUACAUGGAGUUUACAUUUCACAUGGCGAACUGUUCCAAAGGAAGAUGUUGAAAGUCGAAAAUAUACAGAUCCAGUUCGAUCGCCAACAAUGGCCGGCGGAUUAUUUGCCAUCAAUCGAGAAUAUUUCUGGGAAAUUGGUUCUUAUGAUCCAGGAAUGGAUGUUUGGGGUGGUGAAAAUCUGGAAAUUUCAUUCAGGGCAUGGAUGUGUGGAGGAAGGUUAGAGUUUAUACCAUGUUCACGAGUUGGUCAUAUCUUUAGAUCUAGUCAUCCUUAUACAUUCCCUGGUAAUAAAGAUACACAUGGUAUUAACUCUAUGAGAUUAGCUGAAGUAUGGAUGGAUGAGUAUAAAAGAUUAUUUUACACUCACAGAAAAGAUUUAUUAGGUAAAUAUCCUGGUGAUGUAUCAGAAAGAAAAGCAUUAAGAGAAAAAUUACAUUGUAAAAGUUUUAAAUGGUAUUUGGAUAAUGUCUACCCUGAAAAAUUUAUUCCUGAUGAAAACGUUCAUGCUUGGGGCAUGAUGAGAAAUCCUAGCAGCAACAUUUGUCUUGAUACUUUACAAAGAGAUGAAAAAGCAAUAUUUGAAAUGGGACUGUUCCAUUGUCAAAAUGGUGUUAGUGCAAAUCAGAUAUUUUCCUUUAGUAUAGAGAAUGAAAUAAGACGUGAAGAGGGUUGUUUAACAACUCAAGGUGAAAACAACAGUGUUGUGAAAUUAGAACCAUGUAAUAGACAGAAAGCAACUCAGAAAUGGAAACAUGAUAAGGAAUCAGGAGCAGUGGUACAUGAAAGUUCUGGCAAGUGUUUAGAUAAGUCAGAUAUCUCUAGUGGUAAAACUGUUAUAGUUAAAGACUGUAAAAAAGGAGAAGACUCUCAAAGAUGGGUAUUUGAGCAUUAUUUAGAUUAAAAUAAUUCAUCUACUGCUGCAUUCCAGAAAAAAAACUUUUUUGUUGGUGACAACAUCAGUGCAAUUUGGAUCAAAAACAUCGUCAUUUUGAAUAUUUUUUCAUUAAACAUUGAAGUUUUUCAUCUAUCACCUGACAUAGUUUCACAAAAACUCCUGAGAAGCCAUUAGAGUAACAAUAAAUGACAAAAUUCCAGGUUGUAUCAAAAUGUUUCUUAACAUCAAAGUUUUUGUGAGUUUUUUUUGUUAGCUCCUGAUCUUAGCUACUCAC